GUGUGGACCUGAGUUAUACACGCUAUAUUUCAGAUAGUUAGAGAGAAGAAAUAUCUGCGGGUGGAGCGCGCUUAGAGUAGCCUAAAGAGUAAAAAUGGGUCGACUGCGUUAUCUGAAAGCUUAGCAGUUACAGAAACCCACUGAACAAGGAAAUAUUAGAGCAGAGAACUUUUACACACCCACCGAGAUUGGAUACCUUUUUGACUGGGCGACGAGGGACAUCAAUCUUUCGCGGGGCGAGGGGGAAAACAGUUGCUUUCUGUACUGUGUCUCUUAUCGUUUCUACGCCGGCUGCGAGCAACGCGACCUGACAAUAGAACCUAUUCUUAUUCUCAUACUCAAACUGAGGUAUUUGCCAUGAUGACGGAGGGAGCCACAGCAACGCAGCUUUCAGUGGACAGAUGGACGGCAGCCAACAUCUGCACUGUUGUGGAAAUGUGUCUUACGAGAUCUCAGGAAGUUCCUGCUGUAAAGGCAAAAUAACUCUGGGAUUAAGCCAGCUGGUGGCUGACUGCUGCGGUUCUGUAGCCUUUAAUCCACUAAAUGAGAUUUGCUGUAAUGGCACCAUACAGACUCGCUUCAACAGCCGCGCGAAAUGCUGUGGCAAUGUCAUGUACUUGACAGCGACUCAUUUAUGUUGUGGUCGCAAGAACAUAUUUGAAAGGAAGGAAAAUCUUUCUUGUUGUGGCAAUGAAACAUAUAACAUAACAACCCAAUGCUGCUGUAACUUCCCAACACUACAAGUGAAGUCUAAAAAUGAAACCUGCUGUCCAAAACCACCAUUCGUGAAUACAGCUCUUAUAGGUAAUAAUCAGCAAGGCUCUCCUCCCACUAGCACACUCCCCAAAGUCUCAGAUUUGAUGUGUGGAGAUGACCCAUACAAUCACCAGGAUCACAUUUGUUGCUCAGGAAAACGGCAUAAGAAGGCUUCAGUACUUACUAUGUGCUGUGGCCAAGAUGCUUACACUAUGUCAGAUGAUAAUAUGCUGUGCUGUAAUGGAAACCUUCAUCGCGAUGUGCCUGAGCAGUCAGAGUGUGUUGGAGGUGUUAUAUAUACUCCAGAAAACACUACUUGCCAAAUGUCUGUCCGUCCCCGUCUUGGUGAACACUGCUGUGGAGGACAAACCUUCAAUCCUAGCACACAUAUUUGCUGUAACGGACACAGCCACAACAAGAUAAAUGGCAAUUUCUGUUGUGGUUCAGACGUCUAUGACCACCACAACCAAUCCUUGAGAUGCUGUUCUGAUCGUCUCUACAUCCAACAUUCAAGUGGGAAUGCAAAGUGCUGUGGAAACCUAUUGCUGCAACAUAGCAAUCAAACUUGUUGUUCCUCCUCAACCAAUGCUGUAAUUUAUGACAUCAAGCAAAACCACAGUUGCUGUGGGCAUUACUACUACAACACAUCCCUGUGGAGCUGCUGUGCUGAACAUCUCAAACCAACACCAAAGCCUGACAGCCCUCUUGCACUUAAACCUCUAAUGGACCUGAUCCCUGAAAUGUGCAAUAAAACAGUGUUCUUUGGCAAAGUGGAGAGUGUGGCACUUUUAAAUGAUCAGCGUCUUGUGAUGUUGAAAGUUGUUUGGCAGGUCAAUGUGAAUUCAGGAAAUUUCACCCUUGACCCUUGGCUCCUUGUGUCCCUGGAUCACUGCAGCUCUCCUGCCACAGACAACGGCAUGACCUACCUUUGGGAAAAAGAACACAGUGGGGAGCUUACAAGCUUACACACUUACAAGCUUCUCUCUCACCCUGUUGACCUAAUCUCUGACAUUCACAUGUUCUAUUCUGUAUGUUACCAAAAGAAGGGAUAGAAAUAUAGAUUGAGGUCUAUUUCCCAUCUCUUCAAACCAAAUUCAUGCUGGUUGUCAUGCAUGAUUUCUGUCUUGAAGAUGAUUUUUAUCUAUCAUUAAUGCUAAAUGACCCUUAAGCAAGUUUUCCCAACAAGUCUCUGUUACUGUACGCAGCAUUAUGGCAGAUGUAUCACAUCUGAUUUUUUUAUUAUUUCAGCUCAUUCUCAGUAAUAAUAUGAAAAUGUGAAAAAGAGAAAUAUAAUCAGAAAAAGGAAACAUUUAAAGAGGUUUUCUUUUAUCUAAAUUGCUGGGCAAUGUUAAUCUAAAUAUUUUAAGUUGCACUGAAAGACAUAAAAAGGUUUUUUUUUUUUUUUUUUUUUUUAAAAAAAAAAAAAAAAAAAAAAAAAAAGAA